CAUCGCAGCGUAUGAAACCACAAUGUGCCUGUGGGUGUUGAUCCCACCCCAUUAUUUUAAAGGUCAGUCAUUUUGGAUUGAAGUCGUCUUGCUUUCAGUUCCUCAAAGAAUUCCCACUGUUUCGUUAUCAAUGGUCCAAAGUCAUCCCUUGCACAACUUUAAUUAACUUGUGUAAAGACAACACACUUGAACGUAUGAUAGUUCUACUCAGCCCUGUAUUGAUACCUUCAGCUAAUUUCCUGAGCACAACAGGAGAACCUAUGAUGAUGUUCAGGACAAAAGCCAGCAUGGACAAUCCUACGUAUCCCAAAUGGUAUAAAAGAACAUCCCAAGAUCUUUAAAUCACAACAAGAAAUCGAGACAUCUGCAGAGCGUUUCGUUCCUGAAGCCAAGCGGUCUCCAAAAAGAUCUUCACCAUGCGACGGUCCCUCAUGUGCAUCAUCUUUGCAGCAGCACUCAUGCUGCACUCUUCUGGCACGUCGCCUGUGGACCUGGCUGAAGACAACUCCUUGGAGCAGGACGCAUUCACCUCCAUACUGAGCGAGGAGGUGACAGAAAACAACCGCGGCGAGGCUGAGGGCAAAAAAAGAGGGCAGCGGGUCAUCGUUGUUGCCGAUCCGAGUCUUUGGCGUGACCUGCGAGCGCUGCGAAAUGGACUGCCCCUCUACAAAAGACGAGCUGAUGACAACAACCAGGACCUGAACUUCCCCAUCCUGAGGCGGGACACCAUGAGAUGCAUGGUGGGACGAGUGUACCGGCCAUGCUGGGAAGUCUAGCACAAUUUGGAAACGCCAUCCUUUAUUGCCUUGUGCUGAAUUGUAGUAUUUCCACAUCCACAUACAUCAUUGCACAUUUGAGAUUAAAACCUAUGUACUCUAAUAA